AUACAUCUAUUUUCUCUUCAGCAGUUCUGAGGCAGGAAACCCAGGGGCUGCACACAGUGAACAUCCCCCCUUUCCUUUUCCCUUAGCCUCUCUCUUUCUCAGACACAUCCAGAGUUACUGGUGCUGACCCAUACAGCUGGUGGGAUGCUGACCUUUCUGAGGGGAGCUGUGCAGCCGGUGACUGUCAGCAGGGCGAGGGAUAUUGUCCAGAAACGCAACUCCAGCAUUUACAGCAAACCACCCAAAAGCAAGAUCGGACCUGGGCAAAGUUUCUUCAUCAUGUCUGUGUUUGCCGUUGCCCUCCUGGCCCCCGCCGGUUGGAUUCUGCACCACAUCCCAGAAUAUCGUCAGAGAGCCAAACCCCCACCAUCUUGAAGAACACCUCCGUCACGGUCAACUUAACCGGGUGUCGUGUACCACUGACAGACCUGGCUGCCUCUAAAGCAUUAUUCACCUCCAGUGAAAAAUGGAGAUCUUUAAAACAUGAGCAACAUCACAAGUAACAAAAUAAUAAUAAUAACAAUUAUAAAGUGUGUAAUAAAAUAAUAAAAUUAUCCAAUAUUACAAUUGUCCAAUUGGGAGGGAGAAAUUGGCCCCAUUUGAAUCUGACAAGAAAUUUAAUUCCUUGGUGUUUAAUGCCUUAGGACUGUGGCCCUUAUUACAUGCAAAAUGACUGUAUGCUUUCUCCUGUAAUAAAGUUUUGGUUGAUAA